UAUAUAUAAAUAAACACGACAGUGCCAAUUUUAAUCGAAUUAAUCUACGAACGAAUGCUUGUUUCAUUCAAUUCGCACUUGAAGAUUUGUUGAAGGAAGUUGAAGGAAACGACUGCGAACCACAAUGUCUUCGCUUGCAGCUGCGAGAGCAGACAACUUUUACUAUCCACCAGAAUGGACCCCAAAACAGGGGUCUUUGAACAAAUUUCAUGGUCAGCAUGCUUUGAGAGAGAGAGCAAGGAAAUUAGAUCAGGGCAUCCUGAUAAUAAGGUUUGAGAUGCCUUACAAUAUAUGGUGUGGUGGCUGCAACUCAAUGAUAGCAAAGGGUGUUAGGUUCAAUGCGGAGAAAAAGCAAGUUGGAAACUAUUAUUCUACAAAGAUAUGGAGCUUUACUAUGAAAGCAGCAUGCUGUAGACAAGAGAUUGUUAUUCAGACUGAUCCAAAAAAUUGUGAGUAUGUGAUUAUUAGUGGUGCACAACGGAAAACUGAGGAAUAUGACAUAGAGGAUGCAGAAACCUUUGAACUCCCUGCGGAUGAAGAAAAGGGUAAGCUGGCAGAUCCAUUUUAUCGACUUGAACACCAAGAAAAAGAUAUGCAGAAAAAGAAAGAAGCCGAGCCGGUAUUGGUUCGCCUACAACGACUCUCAGAUUCUAGGCAUGCAGAUGACUAUAGUCGGAACAGAACACUUCGAGCUCAGCUCAGAAGUCAAAAGAAGAGAGUUGCUGAAGAAGAAAAUGUUUCUAGAAAGAUGGGCCUCGGUAUUCGAUUGCUUCCAGCAACUCAAGAAGAUUCUGCAGCUGCAGCUCGCAUGAAGUUCUCUUCAAAGUUUGAGAAGAACCAUAGGGAUAAACGGGCAUUGAUUCAUGCUUCUUCGAUAUUUAAUGGAUCAUCCACUUCUUCCAUGCCUGAUAAGAAGCGAUUGGACCUGGAAUCCAAGAGAAGGAAGAUCUGUGCAUCUGCGGCUUCAAACAUUUUGACAGGUAACUUCAAGCCAUCAUCUUGGUCACGAAGUGCAGCUAAUUCAAGCAGACUGGAAGGAACUUCUGUCACUGCCAGACGAUUGUAACGUGAAUGCUUUUUUCAAAUCUAGGUCUAGCUCUAUCUCGUUUCUUUCAUGUAUGUACAUAGAUUUUAUGUUGGCGGGUCUACCUGAAGUUUUUUUCUAGAAUCCCAUUGUAAUAUAUUGUGUUUCAUUUCUGGGAAGGUGCAAGAAUUCUUUAAGAUUGAAAUCGAAAGUUGAAUAUAUAUCUUCAUUUGCUUCGUAUAGUA